GCUAAAGGUAUAAGAAAACUCCUGUUUGCCCUGGUGGUAUCUCUACCAGCUCUUUUCAAUAUCGGAGCACUUCUAGCUUUGAUAACAUUUAUUUACGCUAUUAUUGGCAUGUUUUUAUUUGGACAUGUCCGGCAGCAAGGUGCUCUCGAUGAUAUGGUCAACUUUGAAACCUUCGGAAGAUCAAUGCAUCUUCUAUUCAGGCUUAUAACUUCAGCUGGUUGGAAUGAUGUUUUAGAAUCCUUGAUGAUAGAAUACCCAGAUUGUGAUCCGCAUUUCCGUAACCAAAGUAAUGGUGAUUGUGGAUAUCCACUCUUAUCCAUUAUAUACUUUACUAGUUUUAUUAUUAUAAAUUAUAUGAUUGUUAUAAAUAUGUAUAUCGCUAUUAUUCUUGAAAACUUCAACCAAGCUCAUCAGGAGGAAGAAAUCGGUAUUGUUGAAGAUGAUUUGGAAAUGUUCUACAUUAGAUGGAGCAAAUAUGAUCCUCAUGCAGCUCAGUUUAUUCGGUUUUCGCAAUUAUCAGAUUUUAUUGCUUCCCUAGACCCUCCACUGGGUAUUUCGAAACCUAAUACAGUGGCGUUGGUUAGUUUCAACUUGCCUAUUGCGAAAGGUAAUAAGAUUCAUUGCUUGGAUAUAUUACAUGCUCUUGUCAAGCAUGUUUUGGGACAUGUAGAAGAAACUGACAAUUUUAGACAGUUGCAAGAACAAAUGGAUAUUAAAUUUAAGAAGCAAUUCCCUACUAGAAAGGAAUUGGAAAUUGUUUCUUCAACGAGGAUAUGGAAACGACAAGACAAAGCUGCCAGGUUAAUACAAAAAACCUACAGGGAAUAUGUUAGGUAA